AUGUUGUCGAGUGUAUUUAGAUACAAAAUUCUAAUGGCCCUCCUUUGGUUGGAUCAGUUUGGCAAAGCCAAUGGAAUUCUUCAUAAUUUACUUCGGAUAUUUGUCUGCCUGAGUUUGUUUUGUUUGUGUGUAACAGUUCACCCACUUGAUGCAAUGCGGAAUUCAAGAAAUUUCCCUCUGAUAGAUGAAACAGCAAACUCAGAAGAUUCAUGGUCACUGAAUAUGCGUAAUAGAAAUAAAGGCGCUGAACGACUCAAUGAAUUAAUUCGCUACUUUAACCACCUUCUUCGCCAGCAAUAUGCAUCUGAAGAUAAUGAAGAACUACUGGAUAGCCGAAAGCUAGCCGCUCUAUCAAAUCAGAACAAACGAGAUUACUUAUUUUUACGUGGUUAACCUAAAUUUCAAAAUAGUGGUUCCUGUUAAAAACAGAAGACUACAGAACAAUUGAAAUCACGAUAGAAGUGUAUGAAUUUGUGUAGAGUGACUUUCUGUUGUUCAUUCCAUUAAAACAAAUUAAAUAUAUAACUUUCCUAAAUCAGUA